AGGGGGAGGGGCCGUCCUCUUCCAGGUGGAGGAGCCAGGACUCGCUUAACACACAGAGCUGCAGGAGGACAAUUCUCUUAGAGGGAGAAGGGCUUAAGCAUUUCCAGCUGGGGCGCACAGGAUGUCAUGGACGCUCGUACGAGCUGCCGCUGGACUACGAUUCCCAGAAGCUUCCGGGGCCUCGGGACGUCCGUUUCCCCCGACUACGUUUCCCAGCAAUCCGGGCGGCGCUGGUCUCUGGGGACGUGCAGCCAGCUUCCUUUCUGUGCUGGACUCUGAGCCUUGAGCUCCUUGACUCAGUGAAGCGUUUGAGUAAUAGCAGUGGCUGCAGCGGGUCCAUGUAGUGUAGACCUCCGCCCUCUUGUGUAGAGCCAGCCCGGGGCGGAGCAUGGACUCUGGUGGAGUCACGUGCCGCCCAAGCCUGUCACUAUAGCAACCGCUUGACAGUGGUCCGUCUGUCUCAAUCACCCAGAGAAGGGCGGAAACCCGGCCUGGAGGUUCCGGGAUAUGUAGUCUGGAAGCAGAGGUGCAGAGAGGGUCGCUGUGGUUAGAGGAGGGUCGGGGUUGGCAGUAUCCCUGCAGUGGACAGGAACUAACCACUUAAGGAGACCAGAGAUGUGGAUGACAGCAGGUCGCUGUGUCAGCUGAGAACUGUUAUGUACGAAGUCUGUGAAUUUGCCAGUUGUGUUUCCUGGCCCCUGAAUGGGGUGUCCUUAAAGAGCAGCCUAAGGGGAACUCCUCUGAAGCAUAGGCCCCUAUAGAGUUGUUUUAAAAAUUUGAACAAGCUCAAAUGGCUCUAGAAUCCAGAGAAUCUGGAGCCCUCGAUCCUCAGAAUCCAGCCUGGAAAGAGAGACUUCAAGUAGUGAAAGUAAAGGUGGAGGAAGAAGAGGAUUACCUGUGGGGAGAGAAAGGUAGCCAGAAGAGGAACAGCCCUUCCACCCAGGAGAUCUCCCGCCUGCUGUUCAGGCAGUUUGGCUACAGUGACGCCCCUGGACCCCGAGAGGCUCUGAGCAAACUCCAGGAACUUUGUCAUCAGUGGCUGCGACCAGAGAUACACACAAAGGAGCAGAUUCUGGAGCUGCUGGUCCUGGAACAGUUCCUGACCAUUUUGCCAGAGGACCUGCAGACCUGGGUGAGAGAUCAGCAUCUAGAGAGUGGAGAGGAGGUGGUAAUUGUACUGGAGGAUUUGGAGAGACAGCUUGGUGAACCAGGACAUCAGGUUGCAUCAAGCACACAGAGAGAGGCAGGGGCCUGGGAGAAGAUGGCACCCUUGAGAGCAGCACAGGAUGCACUGAAUGUCCAGCUUCAGCCUAUGGACGCCCAGAUCAAGUGCGGGUCUCCCAAGCCCCAGUUCCUGCAAGAAAGAGAUUUUGAGACUAGUACCAAGUGGACUCUUCCAAAGCAGGAACUUUCAGAAGAAGAGGAGUCACAGGAGAAGCUAUCUGGAAGAUUCCCAGUGGAUGCUUCCAAGGGAACCAAGGUUGGAGAAGCCUAUGAAUGUGAAGGCACUCUAGACAAGCAACAGGGAAACAAAGUGGAGAAAGUAGAGGGAUCCUUAUCCCAGGAUGGAAAUUUUGUGGUAGUGACCAUCCCUUCUAAAAAAAUUCCCUUAGGAGAGAAUGGCCAUAAAUAUGAUGAGUGUUUGUGUAGUUGUCAUUUGAACUCAAACCUGGUUACACAACAUAGAAUUCCAACAGGAGAGAAAACCCAUGUGUCUGCUACAAAUGACCAAAACUCCAGACAGAAUUCAUCUUCUAGUGUACGUCAAAUAGAUCAGACUGUCAAGAAGCCUUAUGAAUGUAAUGAAUGUGAGAAAACCUUCAAGCAGAACUCAGAACUUCGAAAACAUCAGGGAAUUCAUAUAGGGGUGAAACCUCACAAAUGUACUCAGUGUGGGAAAGCAUUCAGCCGACGUUCAUAUCUUAGGAAACAUCAAAAAAUUCACACUGGAGUGAAACCUUAUUCAUGUAGUGAAUGUGGGAAAGCUUUUAGGGUGAGCUCAGACCUUAUUCAGCAUCAAAGAAUUCACACUGGAGAUAAACCCUAUCAUUGUAGGGAAUGUGGGAAAGCCUUCAAUCAGAACUCUUCCCUUAUUCAACAUCAGAGAAUUCAUACUGGAGAAAAACCCUAUGAAUGUAAUGAAUGUGGGAGAGCCUUCAAUCAACGCUCAGCUCUUACUCAGCAUCAGAGAAUUCAUACUGGAGAGAAGCCCUAUGAAUGUAAAGAAUGUGGGAAACCCUUCAGGCAUUGGUCUGGCCUUAUGACACAUCGAAGAGUACACACCAAACUUUGACCCUAUGCGUAUUUUGUAUAUGAAAGCUCGUCAGACAACUUUGUAACUAUUAUUAAAUCUCAGCAAUGUAUCCUGGGAUCAAAAUCCUGUAAAGUAAUCGUGAGCUCCUCAGGGGCAGAGCCUGUGUUUGUCUUAUUUUUGUACUCUCCUAAGUAUCAUGUGCCUAUGAGACCUUCAUUAAGGUUUAUUUUCUGAUAGACUAAUCUAUAUAAAGAAAGGAAGGAGGUAAACAUUGUUUACUGCUUCCUUUACUUUUUAGGAAACUCAAGGAAUUUGAAAUAAAUGGGAAUGUAGUAUCCUAAGCUGGAGCUCAGUCACUCCAAGAAACUAUGAAUUAGAGCAAAUUUGCUUUGUCCCUUUAUCUACUCUUCAGGAAUCCCUAUAUUUGUUGUCAUUUGUCACUAAUAUGAAGGUGUCAUGAAUAUUGUCAGUGGAUUGUCUCUCUGUAUCUGAUUAUUCCUACCUCCUUCCUGACCUCCACUGGCAUCUCUCUGAGGAACAGAAAUAUGUGAAGAGAGAGAUUUCAAAUUUUUUUUUCCACUGGAAAAAAUGCAAUUAGUUUCCAUUUUUCUGAAGGAGUAUGACAGUGAUGAGGGAGUUGUUAAUAUUAGAUUGUCAGUUUUAUUGACAUAUACUCGGGCAAAAUAGCUCCUAAUAAUUUUU